AUGUAAAAGGGGUUUCUACGGGUGUUUGUGUGUAUGUGCUAAUGGGAUAACACAGUCAUAUAGAUGCCAUGUGUGUAGGAGUGUGUGGUGUGUAAGAUCCUCCCCGGCUUUGGGUCUCUCUUCCUCAUCAAAUCUCCACUCACAAUGAGUGACAUCACUGGAGUUUCCCAGGAGGUUACUCUUUUUAAAAGGGCCACUCGCUGAGUGUCAGUCAACCACCCAGAGAGACAGCAGAAGAGCUCAGCUGCACUUGAAGUAAAAGAAGGAACUCAUUCAAAACAAUGGAAGGGGAAUGCAAGGUAGUACUGGACGCAGCUGUCGACACAGAAGCCAGGACACAGACACUGCGAGUCAAACCCAGCUCAAAGCUAACCACAGCCCUGCUGCUGUUCACACUCUGCCUCGCCGUUGCUGCUGCUGCUGUCCUCGUCUUCAACAGGCAUGCCAAGGACCCAGGACAUGAUGAAGAAAAUUUUGAUCUUCACCACACAUUGAGGCAAAUUUCAAAUGUCAGAGCGGCCAUUCAUUUAGAAGGAGAAUACAACCCUAAAAGGAAAACCUCAGUGGAAUGGAAGAACGGGGUGGACCAGUCCCACUUUCAAGGAGGGCUAGAACUCAACGACAACGAAAUUGUGAUUCCUCGAACUGGCCUCUACUUUGUUUACAGCCAAGCGUCUUUUCGGGUCAACUGCAUCAGCAGCGAUGCUGAUGACACCACCUCAAAGCCCAUGGUCCACCUGAGCCACACUGUGAAGCGCUGGUCCAGCUCGUAUGGGGGGAGGGACACCACCAAGUCCUACCAGACCAUCCUGCACUCUGUCCGUACUGCCUGCCAAAUGAAAGCCAGCAGCGACCCGGACGAGGAGGGGAGCUGGUUCUCGGCCGUGUAUAUGGGAGCUGUGUUCAACCUGAUGAGAGGGGACAGACUCAAGACGGUGAUGGAAGAGAAGAUGCUGCAGGGUCUGGAGGAUGACCAAGGGAAGACUUUCUUUGGUGUGUUUGCCUUGUGAGAACAGGUGACUGAUGGCAACAAGUGAAGAUAUGAAUGUACACAUAAAAGGUUUACACUGCACUAAACAGUCAAUGGAACAGUGAGUAUACAGUAGACUUUCCAUGCAAACGUUUAACAAGACAUUUCAAGUUUGCAAGUAAACCAAUCUAUGUCAUCUGUAGAGCUUGAUGAGCUCACUGUAAAGUAAUGUUUACCAUAGAUACCUCUAUGGGUCAAUAAUGUUAUGUACUAUGUACUUCUACCUUUUUCUGUACUGCAAUGCUCAAGCUGCCAUUUGUACAAAUGUAGACCUACUAUAACUACUGAGUAUUUAUUGUGUCACUACAGGCUGACAAAAGUGUAUUCUAAAGAUGUAUUUAUUCAACUUAACAUUAUCAUAUUUAUUUUAUUUUUGUAUCUAUUUAUUUAUUAUGGUAUGUUCUCAUUCACAACUGUAUUUGUGCUGGAUUUUAUACAUAAUUUAUUUGAUUAUUUAUUGAAAUAGAAAUUGAUCAGCUGUUUGUCAGUGUAAUUUUUAUCGACAUUUUCAAAUAAUGCCAUGGUGCCUGUGGUGCUGUAAGAAU